AUGAGAAGGGUUAGGUUUUUAGAGUUGAUUUGCUUAGUCUUGGUUUUGAGUGCAGGAAGUGAGUCACGGCCUUUGAACCCAACAAUAGUAAGGGGCGUGCAUGGAACCUUGAAUUGGGCACCCAUUCUACCAAUUGCAGAAGAAGGUGGUGGAGAACGUGAUGCACAACGAUUGAGUCCUGGAGGACCUGAUCCUCAUCAUCAUUAG